AUGACAGACCCCUCUGCCCCGGACAGCAGCCACGUGCCGUCGGCCACAGACGCGUCUGACCUAGACCGGAGUCGGCCGGAACAGUCCACGUCCAAGACCAACACCCGACCAGCAGCACGCGGAACCGCAUUCUAUCAGCGGAAGAGAGCCGUCAGGGCAUGCCAAGUAUGCCGGGCUCGGAGAACGAAAUGUGACAAUCUCAAGCCAUCAUGCUCUUUCUGCCUCAAGGUUGGAGCUACUUGCAUCCAGUCGCCCGUAGACCUGUCCAGCUUCGACCCGGCUAGUCUCAAGAUCUUGGAAAGACUCGAUGAUCUGGAAGAGAUGAUGAGAUCGGUGACAGUUGAUGGACUACCGAGCAACAAAACGCGAGUGGUCGAGGCCGCUGUCGAGCACCGGACAAUAGAAGCACCUCCUGUGGGGCCUCUUAUCCAGAUGGGGAUGAUCCUCCCUCCGAGGCCAGAACAUGUCCUGUCAUGGGCCAUCUUUGAGGAGAUUAGCCACGGCAUUGAUGCUGGAGACAUGACUCUGCAUGUUGAUCAUAUCUCGAUAGCUGCGAAUUCUCCAAUGUCCCUCAUCGGCGCUCUCGACCUUGAGCCCCGACGAAUCAACGACUUGCUCGAUAGUUUCUUCAGCUACGUCCAUGUCAAGAAUCCGAUUCUCGACGAGACAGCAACGCGAAAAAUGGUCUCACAUACCGUACUUGAAGGGAUCAACUGGUCGGCUGAGUCCUGCCUUUCUCUCCUGAUCUGCGCAUUAGGCUCUCUAGCCACACCUUUUGGGCCCAGCCAGGAGACGAUGCUGGGCUCCGCAGCCCACAGCGAUGCUCAAGCUUUCUUCCAAGCCGCGCAGAAGCGACUAGGAAUUUUACUGUCGUCGGAUGACAUUAUUGCGGCUCAAUGUCUGUUUCUUUCAGGGGUCUACAUGAUGUGCGUUUUUCAGCCUGUCAAGGCGUGGAGGUACUUCGUGCAGGCGCUAGCUAGCUGUCAGCAAUUUUCGUUUCUUACCCCCGAGGCCCAACAGCGCUACCAUAGAAACGUUGAGUCGGGCGACGAGUCACGGAAUUAUUCCAUCGACACUCUGCAGCAGGCUGUUUACUGGUCCUCAUGGAAAUCCGAGCGAGAGAUGCGAGGGGAUCUCUACCUCCCAGACUUCUCACUCAGCGAUCAGGAAUUGGCAUUUUACCCGCCCUUCUUCCCGACGCCGCCAGCGCCUAGGGCAGAAGUUGAGGCGGCAACGGAUCCGCGUCUGGCUCGCGAGAGAACAUCAUGGUACUUCUACUUGGCCGAAAUCUCUCUCAGAAGGCUUGCCUCUCGGAUUAGUGCCGAGAUGGUGGGCCUUCAGAAAGAACAUCCCACGCGCCAAGCAUACCUCGCGGCAAUGGCCGCGGCAGUGCCGCAGUACGAGGAGCAAGCACAAGAGUGGAUAAGCUCGCUUCCUUCCAGUCUCUCAUUCGCCGAGCCUCCGGAAGAGGAUGAUGUGUGCAGAUUCGUGCUCCGAGGUCACGCGGUGAACCUUUAUGAGGUGAUAUACUGGCCAUUUACUACCGCUUUCCUCGAUGCACUUGGGGCGAACCCCGAGUUCGCUGGCGAGGUUCUUACUCCAAGUGUGGAAUUGUUGGCUCAAAAAGGUCUCGAAAAUCAUGCUUAUCGACUCGCCAUUAAUCGUCUAGGGUACAGACAUCGCCAUCAUGGGACGCUGCCCAUGAUGCGAUCCUGCUCUCGAAGCGCUCUGGUGUUGGUUGCGGCAGCAUUGCUCACCCAGUCUAGCGGUACUGAAGGUGGACAUUCCCUACCAAAUGAUUGGUAUGGCGCCGUAGGAGAGGUGGUUGAUCUACUUGCAUUUUGGGAGUGCGAAACGCGCGAGAUGGAGCUUGUUCGUCGCGUCUUGGACAAGGCAUGUGGGAUGAUCUCGGCACCAUCCCCAUCGGCUUAUCGUUUACGGGUUUAG